CUCUCCUGUGUGCUCAGCAACAGCCUCCCUCCUCACCCCACACUCAGACACACACACUCAUGCUCUCACACACCUCCCUGUAUGCAGCUGCCUGAACUCGUGAAACACUCUGCAUGAGGCGACUGGUACACUGGGUUCUUAUGAUCCUUCAUUUUGAGUGUCCCCUCCUUCAGAGUGUGAGGUGGACGGGCUCCCCAGUAGUUACGGAUCCAGGGACGCCAUCCUCAGGUCUGGGUCGAGGAAGGACUGGAAAAGACGAAGGCGUGGGCAACUAACGCGGAUCAGCAGCUGCAGCAGCACUGAGGCUGGCAGAGGGAAACAGCAGCCUGCGCUUGGACUGAGUGGAGGUGCAGCCAUGCGCUGCUCCACCCUGCUCUGCAUCCUCACGGGGGUGCUUCUCUACUUGGUGCUGGGAGCUGUGGUGUUCCGCGCCUUGGAAGUUCCACGAGAGGAGGGCAAGCACAUGCACCUGCAGGACACACGCCGGGACUUCUUGUUGAACUUCACCUGCGUCAGCCCAGAAAACCUACAGGUCCUUAUAGAGGAACUGGUGGAGGCCGUCGGUGAAGGUGUGGAUCCCAGCAGCAACAUCACCUUUGUCAGCCAGUGGGAUCUAGCCAGUGCCUUUUUUUUCUCAGGGACAAUCAUCACAACCAUCGGUUUUGGAAACAUCUCCCCCAAGACAGAGGGAGGGAAGUUGUUCUGCAUCUUCUAUGCCCUGGUGGGAAUCCCGAUGUUUGGUAUCCUUCUCGCUGGAGUCGGAGACCAUCUGGGUACUGGGCUGAGGAAAGCUGUUGCCAAAAUAGAGACUCUCUUCCGGAAAUGGCGAGUUAGUCCAACCAUUGUGCGAGUGAUCUCAGCCGUCCUGUCCAUCCUGCUGGGUUGCCUCCUGUUUGUCGCAGUGCCUAUCCUGGUUUUCCAAGAGGUGGAGAAGUGGACUCUUCUGGAGUCGGCCUACUUUGUAGUUAUCACCCUGACGACAGUGGGGUUUGGAGACUAUGUUGCAGGGGAUUCUGGAAAUGAGGGGAGUGACCACUGGUACAAGCCUCUGGUGUGGUUCUGGAUCUUGCUCGGUCUUGCCUACUUUGCAUCUAUCCUGACAAUGAUUGGUAACUGGCUUCGGGUUCUAUCUAAGAAGACCAGAGCUGAGAUGGAGGAACUUCGAGCCCAUGCCACUGACUGGACUCAAAACAUCCAGAAUAUGUCAGUGGAUUUUCGCAUCCCAGGAAAAAUUGAUGACCCAUUCAAACGGCGUCGGCGAAAGCGCCGCCAUGGCCCUCGCAGCCAUGGUCACAGUGUGUCAGCUACCGGGGCCCCUGAGGGGAAAGAAGAGCAGCAUCAGAGUCAGACAGAGUCAGGAUCUUACACUUCUUCCUCCUCCUCUAACGAAUCAGGGUCUGGAUCAGAAACAGACUCUCAGGCCACUCAGACGGAGCGAGUGCCUGAAGAAAAAACUGCAGAGCCUCCAAAGGAGGAGACUCUUCCAGAUCCCCACCUGUCUCAGCCUCUGGACUACUUUGGGGAGAACCUUGCGUUCAUUGAUGAGUCUUCAGAUACCCAGAGUGGUAAACUACAUUUGGAUCCUCUGCUUGAUACAACGCAAUCCAACUCUGUACGCUCUCGUCAGCCCAAGAGGAGACGCCACAGGAGACCUGUUCCACAGAGAAGCCCCAAAAUCAGCCACUCCAACCUUGACAGGACGGAGCCCAAUGGAAACCCAAAACCAGUUUCAGGUCUACCACUGAAGCCUUAAGAUCGAACCUGACUGCUAGCACAUGAAUCGACUUGAGAGAUAUGAAAUGCGUUCAUUAUCUGACAGAGGAGUUCUCAGUGUAGCAAUUUAUUUGUGUAUAUGUACUGCUUACUUACAGACACUUAAGAUGAAAACAUGUUGCAGAAGCCUUAGCCACUUGUGGUUUGCAUUUAAUGCUCUUAGCAUGCGAGUGUGUAUGCCUCAAUCAAAGAUGAUGAAGUGAUUUUUAUGCCAAUGUUCCCAUUACUUUUCUGAGGAGUUACUGCUCUCUACUGGACCAAGACAGAAAUGCACUACCACUCUCUCAACAUGAGGGCUCCCGCCUUUUACUAAUCCAAAUAGUGCAAGAAAGAGCAACAAAAAACCAUGUGGUCAGAAACUUGCCACAGCAGCAUGGUACUCAUGUUGAAGAGGGGUUGCUUUGGUCUGAGACAGUUACUCUUGAAUCCUGCCAACAAUUUAAACGGGUACCAAACUGGCUCUUGUACAUUUUUGGUAUGUAACAAAACCUUUUUUUAAAUACUGUGUACAACCAUAAUAUUUGCAUUUUGAUGGCCAGAUGCAUUAAUCCUACUGUACUGCAUUAAUAAAGAAUUUUUUUAAAUGAA